AUGGCUACCGUCUCGCAGUCCACCACGUCCCUCAGUAGCAGUGGCAAGUCAAGCCAUCACAACCGCCCGCGAGACGAGUCUAGGGGCGCUGCUGGUAGCAUGGCAGAACCUAACGAUGUCGAAAAGCUUUCGCCCACUCCGCCGCCUGCGGGCCCACCACAGCCAACAGAGGACGAUCUGUACAAGCCAAAGAGUUUAAUGUUCUGGUUGACCCUGUUGUGCAACUUUAUGGCGCUGUUUCUCGUCGCUCUCGACAGGACAAUCAUCGCGACCGCCGUUCCACGCAUCUCGGACGAGUUCAAUGCUUUGGGCGAUAUUGGAUGGUAUGGCUCCGCUUACAUGUUGACCACAUCAUGUGCUCAACUUGUAUAUGGGCGCAUCUACAAGGUUUAUGAUAUGAAAUGGGUCUUUCUAGGCAGCGUUGUCGUCUUCGAAAUUGGCUCUGCUAUUUGCGGUGCGGCAUCGAACUCAACCGUCUUUAUUGUCGGCCGCGCAAUUGCCGGCAUGGCUUCUGCCGGUAUCUUCUCAGGCUGCAUGUUGAUCAUGAUCCCUAUGAUCCCCUUACACCGCAGGCCUGCCUUUCAAGGUCUCUUCGGCAUGGUGUUCGGUAUCGCGUCGGUUAUGGGCCCCUUGAUCGGCGGAGCCUUCACGAGCGGUGCCACAUGGCGUUGGUGUUUCUACAUCAACUUGCCCGUCGGUGCUGUUAGCUUUAUCUUCAUGGUCUUCUUUUGGAACCCGCCGAAAGAGAAGCGCGCACCUGCUAGCCUUGCCGUACAUAUCAAACGUCUGGAUCCUAUCGGCAUGAUCUUCUUUCUCCCUGGAACCGUGUGUCUUUUGCUUGCCUUACAGUGGGCUGGCUCGACCCAUUCGUGGAACUCGUGGCGUAUUAUUCUCCUCUUCGCGGUCUUCGGAGCAUGUACCGCCGCUUUCAUCGUUGUUCAGAUUUUGAAACCCAAGACAGCUAUGGUGCCGCCAAAGAUCAUAACACAGAGGAGCGUGGCUUUUGGUACCUCCUUUACCUUCUUCUUGGCAGGGUCUAUGCUUAUGAUGGUCUAUUACGUACCAAUAUGGUUCCAAACCGUCAAGCAGGUCGAUCCUAUCAAGUCGGGUAUCUACACACUCCCGCUCGUUCUCAGCCUGGUCGUUUCGAGUAUCAUUGCCGGUAUCAUUACCCAGAAGAUCGGAUAUUAUGUACCAUCUAUGCUCGUUGCUCCCUCAAUCAUGUCCGUUGGUGAGGGUCUCAUGAGCACACUGAACCCGGGCAGUCCGUCUUCGCACUGGGUCGCCUUCCAGUUCCUAACAGGGUUCGGUCUCGGCUUUGGAAUGCAGACUUCAGGUUUGGCCAUCCAGACGGUAUUGCCCAAGGAAGAUGUUAGCACAGGCAUUGCCAUUAACUUCUUUGUUCAACAACUGGGCGGUGCUGUCUUCACAUCAGUUGGUCAGACCAUCCUCAGCAACCUCCUCGUCAAGAAACUGUCCGGAAUCCCUGGAAUCGGAGGCCAUGUCAUCGUCAACGAGGGCGCAACGCAGCUCACCAACGAAGUACCGCCAGAGUACAAAGGCCGCGUGCUUGACGCAUAUAAUUAUGCCUGCCAGCGCAUUUUCCUAGCAGCCAUGGGCCUCGCCUUUGCUUCUCUGCUCUGCGCUUUCGGAAUGGAGUGGAAGAGCGUCAAGAAGGGGAGACAAGGACCACCGCCGGCACAGCCUCUCGCAACUGGACCUCAAGAGCCCAACGAAGGUCUGCUCCGUCCGUCAUCAUCCUUCCCACCCAACGGUCCCUCGGAAGAAGGAUCAACAACGAACGGGUUGAUAAUGACCAAAAAAGAAGCCCCAGCGGAAGGUCUUCAGCGACAACAUCUCAGAAGCCGGAAUUCCAGGAGAGAGUCACUCGCAUCCGAGGGCAGGCAUUCAGGAGGGGUGUUGACAAAGCCGCCGCCGGCACAUAUGACACCUGGGUCUCCCGGCUCGGCUAAGGGCAGCCCUAGAUCCAGUGAUCAGAGGGUGGAGCAAGAGCGGCAAGCGACUUAUUCCCCAGCGCCGAGGAAUACGGCGAGUCAGGAGAUGAAGGAGCUCCCCAGUCCUGCUGCCUAA